AUUGCUUCUGAUAUUAAUGAUAACAUAACAAUUAAAACAUAUAUAAGCAAAAAAAUAUUUGAGGAAGACAUCAGUUUGAUCGGAAGAAAAGCCGACCUAUUCAAAAUGAAAUUCUUCGUUGCAUUUGUUGCUUUCAUCGCCCUGGCUGCGGCCAGCCCGGUAGCUCGGAUCACCGACGCUGAGCUCGCCACCAUCGUGGCCGCCAUCCAGAGCCCCAGCACUGACCCCGCCACCGCCGCCAUUUUGGAGGCCCAGCUCAUGGCCAUCCUCGCAGGAGAGAGCCCCAUCAACCCGUCGCCUGUUAUAGUCGAACCUAGUGUCGACCCCGUCAACGUUGUUGAUGGACCCACUCCCAUCGCCGUCGGACCCGCCAUCAUCGACCAGCCCUCCCCCAUCGCCGUUGGCCCCGCCAUAGUUGAGCAGCCUUCUCCCAUCGCUGUCGGACCCGCCAUCGUCGACUUCCCCGUCGAAGUGCCUUCCCCCGUGGUUGAGCCCAGCCCCGUGGCUAUCCUCCCCACUCCCGCUGACACGCCCGUGUCCAGCAGCGCUCCCCUCGUCCAGAUUAUCCUGAACAUCAACCAGGCUCAGUCUGCCCCCGAGGUGAUCCCUCCCGCGGUUGUUGACGUGCCCAUCGAGACUCCCGUCGCCGUUGACCCCGUCAUCGUCGUCGACCACGCCCCCGUCGAGCCCUCCCCUGUGAUCGUGGCCCCCGCCCCCGUGGACCCCGUCGUCGUUGUGGACCAGCCCUCCAUCAUCCCCGACCCCGUGGUGCUCCCCACCCCCGUGCUCCCUGAGGUGGUCCCCGAGCCCGUGGUCCUCCCCGCGCCCGUCCUCCCGGAGGUCGCCCCCGAACCCGUCGUCAUCGGAACCCCCGUCAUCAUCCCGGCCCCCGUGGUCACUCUCCCCGAAAUCCUCAACUAAGCGUUUAGUUAUAGUUGAUAGAUUCUAAGCCCAUAUGAUUGAUCCACAUUAAAAUCCCAGCUAAAAUUUUUAUACAAUAGCAUAUACUAAGAACAUGUUUUUCUUUUUGUUGUUGACAUAGAAUGCAAUAAAGAUAUUUUUCAGUUAAA